CUAAAGAUAUAGUUCAGUCAUCAGCCAACAGCAAAGAGAUGGAUUCCAGUCUCCUCCAGGCAAUUGAGGAAAUUAAGAAUUUUUUCCAGCAUCUCUCUGAGCAACAUACAAAACAGGCAGAAACCCCAGAUGCACCAGAACCACAGUGCUGUAUGCCUCUGCCCGCCCAUGCUGAGGAGAGCCGACACGAGUCAACUCAGAGCAAGACCAUGCCUCCCUUGGAGCUCACAAAGAUGACUUCUGCAUGCACUAACAUCCCUGGGACAGUUCCCACCCAGGACUUAACAGUGCACUUUCUUAAAGCCCUUGAUACGGCCCUUGAAGGCCUAAGUGAGACUUCUUCCAUGGGCCAGAAAGUGACCUCCUUUGAUCAGAUAAAACACACAGCCGGUUCCCAGAUGACAGAUGUUACUGACACCCCAAAGACAUCACUCACUGAUUGCCAGAAGACAACCGUCACUGCAAGCAACAUGGCAAUCUCCAGUGAAGGUAGCCAGCUGAAGAUCCUAAGCAGUGACCAGACCCUCAGUGAGAGUCAGACACAGGCCCUGCGUGGAGAUCAAAUGAAGACCCUCAGUGAUAACCAGACUCUCUAUAGGGACCAGAUGACCUUCAGUAGUGACCAGACCCUCACUGAUGGUCAUACAGUGACUUCUAGCGGUGACAGGGCCCUCUCUGAGGGCCAGAUGAUAACCAGCCUAGACCUGUAUGGAGGGCAAAUGAUGACUUCCAUUGAUAACCAGACCCUCUGUGGGGAGCAAACAACAACCUCCACUCCUAGACAGGCCCUCUACCAGGGGCAGGUGACGACCUCCACUGGUAACCAGGCCCUCUGUGGGGAGCAGACAAUGACCUCUACUGAUAACCAGGCCCUCUUUGGGGAGCCGACAACGACUUCCACUGAUAACCAGACCCUCUGUGGGGAGCAGACCAUGACCUCUACUGAUAACCAGAUCCUCUAUGGGGGGCAGAUGACCACCUGCACUGGUAACCAGGCCCUCUUCGGGGAACAGAUGACAACGUCCACUGGUAAUCAGGCCCUCUACGGGGGGCAGAUGACGACCUCCACUGGUAACCAGGCCCUCUACGGGGAACAGAUGACGACGCCCACUGGUAACCAGGCCCUCUACGGGGAACAGAUGACGACGUCCACUGGUAACCAGGCCCUCUGCGGGGGGCAGAUGACGACCUCCACUGGUAACCAGGCCCUCUGCGGGGGACAGAUGACGACCUCCACUGGUAACCAGGCCCUCUACGGGGGACAGAUGACCUCCACUGGCAACCAGGCCCUCUACGGGGGGCAGAUGACGACCUCCACUGGCAACCAGGCCCUCUACGGAGGGCAGAUGACGACCUCCACUGGCAACCAGGCCCUCUACGGGGGACAGAUGACCUCCACUGGCAACCAGGCCCUCUACGGGGGGCAGAUGACGACCUCCACUGGCAACCAGGCCCUCUACGGGGGGCAGAUGACGACCUCCACUGGCAACCAGGCCCUCUACGGGGGGCAGAUGACGACCUCCACUGGCAACCAGGCCCUCUACGGGGGGCAGAUGACGACCUCCACUGGCAACCAGGCCCUCUACGGGGGGCAGAUGACGACCUCCACUGGCAACCAGGCCCUCUACGGGGGGCAGAUGACGACCUCCACUGGCAACCAGGCCCUCUACGGGGGGCAGAUGACGACCUCCACUGGCAACCAGGCCCUCUACGGGGGGCAGAUGACGACCUCCACUGGCAACCAGGCCCUCUACGGGGGGCAGAUGACGACCUCCACUGGCAACCAGGCCCUCUACGGGGGGCAGAUGACGACCUCCACUGGCAACCAGGCCCUCUACGGGGGGCAGAUGACGACCUCCACUGGCAACCAGGCCCUCUACGGGGGGCAGAUGACGACCUCCACUGGCAACCAGGCCCUCUACGGGGGGCAGAUGACGACCUCCACUGGCAACCAGGCCCUCUACGGGGGGCAGAUGACGACCUCCACUGGCAACCAGGCCCUCUACGGGGGGCAGAUGACGACCUCCACUGGCAACCAGGCCCUCUACGGGGGGCAGAUGACGACCUCCACUGGCAACCAGGCCCUCUACGGGGGGCAGAUGACGACCUCCACUGGCAACCAGGCCCUCUACGGGGGGCAGAUGACGACCUCCACUGGCAACCAGGCCCUCUACGGGGGGCAGAUGACGACCUCCACUGGCAACCAGGCCCUCUACGGGGGACAGAAUAUGACCUCCAUUGAUAACCAGGCCCUCCAUGGAGGCCACAUGGCAAUAUAUAGUGACAACUUGACCCUCUAUGGGGGCCAUAUGCUGACCCUUCAGGCAGGCAAUAUGACAACCCUCACUGGUGACCACAGCUUUUAUGGGUCCUCAUUGUCAUACCCAGGAUUCCUAUGCUUUUCAAGUUCCCAUUUGAUUCAAGGACAACUCUCAGAAAAGCAGAAGACCCAGAGCAGCCCGUUCUGGAAGAAUCCUAAGCCCUUCAUCUGCCCACAUAAGGACUGUAAGAACUCUUAUUCAAAGGCUUGCCACCUCCGAACCCACAUGCGCAAGCACACUGGGGAAAAGCCCUUCGUAUGCGAUGUGGAGGGAUGUACGUGGAAAUUCGGUCGCUCAGAUGAGCUCAACAGACACAAGAAAAGGCACACUGGGGAACGGCCCUACCUGUGUCCAGUUUGCAGCAAGAAUUUUGCACGAUCUGAUCACCUGAAGCAACAUGGAAAGGUCCACAACAUUUGCCCAGAAUUAUGAACCCUUCAGCCCAUGAAGAAAUGUGUACGGCUGAAAGAUUGUCCCUACUGAGAUUGUUUCCCUUGAACAAGCUCCCCUGUUUCCCGAUGCCAGUAGCUAGUAGGUGUUCAACAUUAUUCCUAAGUUUUCUAAAAUAUACAAAGAAAAUAGGUAUCCAUUUUCACAUAAACACCAGACAACUUUCAACUUGAAACCAGAAGCGCUCUUCAUUCAUUCCCCUCUCUCAGGGCAACUGCUUUUGUCAACAUGCUGUGACUCCUUCUAGAUCUUACUCUGCAUUUACCUCUAUGUGUAUUGUAAAACUGUAUCUUUAUAGAUAAAUAAUACUGUAUAUAGCUCAGAGGGUAAAGAAUGGAACGUUCUUUUUUUGUCUGUA